AGGCCGCGCCCCCUGGCGGCAUGCUGCAGGUGAAGAACUGCCUGCCCGGCUCCGAGGCCGCGCGGCUUCUGCGGCCCGGGGACGUGCUCGUGGAGCUCAACGGCAGGCCCUGCGCCGACUUCGUCCUCCUCGACGCCGCCCUGGAUGCGGCCGUGGGCGGCGCGGUGGGGCUCGCGGUGUGCCGCGGGGGCAGCCGGUGGAGAUGGAGCUGCAGGUGUGCGACGCGCACUCCCUGAUCCCGCGCGAGUUUGUGGAGAUGGGCCUCGGCAUCUUUCACAAGGUGCCGUACCAGACCGCCAUGAGGCACCACAUUCCCCUGGAGGGCGUGUAUGUCGCCCUCUCGGGGAUCGUUUUCGGCGAUGUCGUAAAGUCGGACGCCAUUAUCUUGGAACUUGACGGGGUGCCCUGCAAGGACCUGGCCACGUUCGAGGACGCUGUCAGACAACUCCCCAACAAGGAGUACUUCAGCGUGGGCUAUAUGGUCCCGAAGAUCGCCAAGGAGAGGAAGAAGACCGUGGCCCCCGUCAAGAUGCAGCGCCACUGGUGGACCUUCCGCGCCUGGGCGCUGCGCCCCUCCACGCACAGCUGGGCCGCGCGGCUCCUGCAGCCCGCGCCGCCGCCCGCGCCGCCGCCCGCCGAGCCCGAGCCCGAGGAGCCGGGCGGCGGCGCCUGCGCGGCCCUCGCGGAGCAGGCCGCG